AGGCUCCCACGGAGGACGAUGUUUACUGCCGGUGCCUGUCUCAGACCCUGUGCCAUGUGGCCACGCCGGUGACCGUGGGGUUCUACGCGCCCUGCGGGCACCGCCUGCAGUCCCUGCUGGACAAGGUCACCGCCUUCAUGCGGGAGGAGAUGUCGGAGCGGGAGGAGGCCGAGCUGCUCCGUGACCCCGAGCGGCCGCGCAGCCCCCGGGGCUGGGGGCUCCUUCAGGCCCUUUGGCUCUUGGCCUUCUACGAGCCCGUGGUGACCGAGUCCCACCUGCGCCGGCGCAACCUGGAGUUCGUCUUCGUGCGCUUCAGCGCGUGGCAGUUCUCGGGCUGCGACCGCCUCUGGGCCGGGCUGGUCACCACCCUGUGCGACAACAUCCGCCACCACUUCGGGGCCCUCCUGCUCAGCGUCUUCCACGUGGCCGGGACGCGGCCCCGCUACGCCCAGGGCUUCACCCGCAGGGAGUGGGUGCUCAAGAGGGGCACCUGCCUCAAG